AUGUCUGAUUUCUGUGUUCCCUCUCGAAUCCAGCUCGAUCUGACCGACAAAAAAGCACAGAAAAUUCUCCAAAAGUAUCUAAAGUUUCCUAUUGAAGAAGCAGUUCCGAUGGCUCAUAAGUCGGUCAUCAUCGACAAUGGAUCGGGUGUGUGCAAGGCGGGAUUCUGCAGCGACAGCAAGCCAAAGGUGGUCUUCCCUUCGGUCGUCGGGCGGCCACGCCACCAGAAUGUGUUGGUGGACUGCCGCAUCCAGGACGCCGUUGGUGAGGCGGCGAUCAACAAGCGGGGCAUGCUAGCCCUGAAGUAUCCCAUUGAGCACGGCGUGGUCACCAAUUGGGACGACAUGGAGAAGAUCUGGAAGCACACGUAUGACCUGCUGAAGGUCAAGCCCGGGGAUUCUCCCCUGCUGCUCACAGAGGCCCCGCUCAACCCGCGGGCGAACCGCGAGAAGAUGGCCGAGAUCGUGUUCGAGAGGUUCGAUGUGCCGGCCCUGUACGUGGCCAUACAGGCGGUGCUUUCGCUCUACGCCACUGGACGCACCACUGGCCUGGUCCUGGACUCUGGCGACGGUGUCACCCACACGGUGCCUAUCUACGAGGGGUACUCCGUAUCGCAUGGCUGCAUGCGUCUGGAUCUGGCUGGCCGGGAUCUGAGCGAGUAUCUGUGCAAGCUGCUGACGGAGCGUGGCCGCAAUAUGACCACCAGUGCCGAGCGGGACAUUGUUCGCGAAAUAAAGGAGAAGCACUGCUACGUUUCCCUGGACUACGAUCGAGAAUUGAUGGAGCAAUCCGACAGACUCCAGCAGAAUUCGUGCAGUUCCGACGAAGAGGUCUACCAGCUGCCCGACGGCCAGAGGAUUAAGCUCGAAAGCGAGCGCUUCCGCUGUCCGGAGGCCCUGUUCCAUCCCAAGCUGCUGGGGCUGCAGAUGCUGGGUGUGCACGAGGCCACCAGCAAGUCGAUCCUCCAGUGCGACAUUGAUCUACGGCGUCAUCUAUACGAUAACAUUGUGCUCUCUGGCGGCACCACCAUGUUUCCCAAUAUGGCGGAGCGCAUGCAUCGGGAGCUAAUCCAGAUGUCGCCGCCCGGAACCAGCAUCAAGAUCAAGGCCUGUCCCCACCGACAGUUCGCCGUCUGGAUGGGUGGCUCGGUGCUGGCCUCCCUCAGCACCUUCCAAGACAUGUGGAUCAACCGGUCGGAGUAUGAGGAGGUGGGUGCCAGCAUCGUGCAUCGCAAGUGCUUCUAAAUCUCGAAGAAUAUGGGAUAUACAUAUUUAAGACCCUUUUGUUCGGCUAUAUUUUAUAAUAAUUGUUUUUUCAAA